GGAGGUUCCCACUUUAAGAAGUGAAGUUUUCCUCCCCCUCCCCCCUGCCCACCUCCUGCCGCCUCCCGCGCCCCGCGGGGCCGCGGAUGGAGCUCCGCCGUGGCGGCGUGGGAAGCCAGGCUGCGGGCCGAAGGAUGGAUGGGGACUGCCGCGAUGGCGGCUGCGGCAGCAAGGACGCCGGGUCGGAGGACUAUGAGAACCUACCGACCAGCGCCUCAGUGUCCACCCACAUGACAGCGGGAGCGAUGGCCGGGAUUCUGGAGCACUCCAUCAUGUACCCGGUGGACUCCGUGAAGACACGGAUGCAGAGUUUGAAUCCAGAUCCCAAAGCCCGGUAUACAAGCAUCUAUGGCGCCCUCAAGCGGAUCAUGCACACUGAAGGCUUCUGGAGACCACUGCGGGGCCUGAACGUGAUGAUGAUGGGCGCGGGGCCUGCACACGCCAUGUAUUUUGCCUGCUAUGAAAACAUGAAAAGGACUUUAAAUGACGUUUUCAGCCACCAAGGAAACAGCCAUCUAGCUAAUGGGAUAGCUGGGAGUAUGGCCACCCUACUCCACGAUGCAGUAAUGAAUCCAGCAGAAGUGGUGAAACAACGCUUACAGAUGUACAACUCUCAGCACCAGUCAGCCCUCAGUUGUAUCCGGACAGUGUGGCGGACCGAGGGGUUGGGGGCCUUCUACAGGAGUUACACCACCCAGCUGACCAUGAACAUCCCCUUCCAAUCUAUCCACUUCAUCACGUAUGAGUUUCUGCAGGAGCAAGUCAACCCUCGCCGGGACUACAACCCACAGUCUCACAUCAUCUCAGGGGGCCUGGCCGGUGCGCUGGCUGCAGCUGCCACCACCCCGCUGGACGUCUGCAAGACCCUCCUCAACACACAGGAGAACAUGGCCCUCUCCCUGGCCAACGUCAGUGGCCGGCUGUCAGGCAUGGCCAAUGCCUUCAGGACGGUGUACCAGCUGAACGGCCUUGCCGGGUACUUCAAAGGUAUCCAGGCUCGAGUCAUUUACCAGAUGCCUUCCACCGCCAUCUCCUGGUCCGUUUAUGAGUUCUUCAAGUAUUUCCUUACGAAGAGGCAGCUGGAGAAUCGAACUCUGUACUAAAGGAACGGGCAGUGGGAAGUGGUUCCGGCAUCUUUUGUUCCAGCUUCCUCCUCUUGUUCUCACACCCAGGGCUUGUCCUGAAGGGUGCUUGCGCCGGGCCCUUUGUUCCCCGGUGCCUUAGAAAGGGAGGCCCGGCCUCCACUGGCCGGCAUGCUGUCUGUGGGGGCAUCCGAGGUGGUGGUAGGCGGGAGAAACUUGGGGACGGGGAGAAGCUGCUUUUUCUCCUCCUUCCCCGAGAGGAGUGUAGCUUUUCUGCCUCACUGUGUGGCCUUCUCCCUAGAUCUUUAGAUCACACUGCAGAAGCAAACAGUGACACAGUAAAGAAAAAGUUUAUGUACAUAAAAGUACCAUUACCCAGUCUGAAAUAGGUGGAUAAUGUUUAUCCUUUAUUUUUCUACAUAGAGAUUUUUGAAAUUGUGUGUGCUUGUGUGUGUCCAUAAAUAAUAUUAGAGUUGGGGGAAUGAUGGACCUGUUUUUUUUUAAAUAAGAGAUUUCACUUCUUCCAUCAUAAGAAGUAAAACAAACAAACAAACAAACAACAACAAAAAACAAGGAAAAAAAAGGCACCAAAGUAAUAAAUGGCUUUAUGUGGCCUGAAAUUGUGUGUAGCGUCCCUCCCAUGGGAGUUUAACUUGAAUGUAAAAUAAUAAAUACAAAGUUUAUAUUUUGAAUUUCUCUUUUCAUGGGGAAAAAGGUACGUUGAAAAUGAAUCAAAAUAGUCUAUCACUUGGAGUUUUUUUGUUUUUGCUUUUGUUUUGUUUUGUUUUUAAAUACAGUCACCCCGUGUGCCUUUCUGUCUUCUCUAAGACUCCCAGGACCAAAAAUUGGGUCCUGGGGCACUUUUCUUCCUCUGUGCCCCCCCCCCCCCCCCGUAGAGUCCUUGGCAGCCUGGCUGUCCCAGUAGAAUAAGAAUGGCUGGCCUUAACCUUCCGUGUGAGUGAUGUGACCGUGUGUCCCCCUGGUCAGCUCUUAGCACUGGAAAUGCCACCAUCUGCCUAGUGGGUCGAUGAGACAAUUCCUGCCUUUGUCUUAGGACUGAUUUCUGUAGCAACCUCCUUCUCGGGCACUUCUGCUAACGUGGUCUGUAAGUUUUUUUAUUAGUCCCCUCUUGGCCCAUUUCUCCUGCAGCCUAGGGAUUUUGGGUCUUUCUAACACUCAUCUGUCUGCCUUGUUCCAACUCUAGGACUUUAACAUCAUAGCGCCUUACUGUACUGAGGGAAGCCCUCCAGCCCGGGACUGAAGCCUGUGGUGACCCUCCGCCCCUCCAGAGCUGCCCAGCAGCCUUCUCUCCGCCUCUGUCGCUUGAGAACAUACGUCCUCUCUGCUUUGUUUUCUGAAGUGGGGUCAGAUCAUCUCAGAGAAAACACAAGCCCAGUCUCCCAUCCUCGUGGAGAUGACAGGACGGGCUCAGUGUUCCUCUUCCAACUGUCUACGAGUAAGGGAGGACACUUGUGUCUUCAUUUCUAUGGCCCUGGUCUAAUUCAGAAGCCAUGGCUAGCAUGCUCUCUCACUGGGGAGGCUUAGCCCUCAUCCAUGAGUUCUUGUGCUGCCUGGGAAGAGAUUCGGCUCGUACUUGGAGAAUUUUCAUCUUGGGUCCACGUACCACCCAGAGCUGGUAGAUGUAGAUUUUUUGGUUUUGUCCAGCAGCUGUGCAAAGUUACACACUGGUCAGCUGGCUUCCCCCCCCCCCCCGCCCCCCAGAGAGAACCACCUCCCUCAAAUACUUCCAUGCUCUCCAGGAGGGCUCCUUGGCUGGCUGCAGGUUUCUGUUCUAUUGGUGUCCUGGGCUGGCUGGUAUCCUAUUAUCCCUGAAAACAUUUUCUAUUCUUACCCUGCUAGCCUUGAGUAGAGUUAAAUUCUAUAAAUGGAGAGGGAAGUCAAAUUAUAGAGUCUAAAGUCAAAUUUAAAUAAAAUCCUAAACUAGUCCCAUACCAUCCUUUGUACACUGGUGACUAAUCUUGCUGCAAAGACAAUAUUUGUCCUUGGAUUUUCUUUACAGUAAUCUAAUACUGGGGUAGCCCCUUUGGUCAGGAUCUUGUAAGGUAGGAUCAGGACUCCAGAACUCUCCAGGACGCUUGAAGUCCAGGGGUCUUAUCCUGGCUCUCCUCUCCCUCUGCAGGAGGACAGCUUUUUAACCUGCCCAUCCCAUCCAAUCACCCUAAGAUUGAGCAAGUGAUGUCUCUGCAAAAAAGUUGUUAAAAGUUGGGAAGCAGUCAACAUAAGUUCUGUGGAAGUCAGUGCCCCCACCCUUAGCUCCAAAGUUGAAAUUGUCCUUGACCCCCCACACAUGUGGGAUCCAAUGCCUGUGUGUGGAUUGUAAUUUUUGACAUUGCAAAUUUCUAGAUAUGGAAAUGCUUCCCCUCCCAGUGACCAUUUUAGGAGAGCCAUAACCUGUCUUAGUCAUUGGCAUCUUUGCGGUGCCAUCCAAGAAUGGACCAUCCUACCUGGGUACAAUCAAUGAUAAUACUUUAGUGCACUUUCUCUCUCUCUCUCUCUCUCUCUCUCUCUCUCUCUCUCUCUCUCUCUCUCUCUCUCUCUGUGUGUGUGUGUGUGUGCAGGCCAUGUGACAGCCAUUUAAUAGAUGAGUGUUAAUUUAUUAUAGACAAAUAUUGAUCUUUUAAAAAUGGGAUGCUCUUAAUUCAUGACUUUUUAAAGAAUUGGAUUAAAUAUAGCUACUUUUAUGUGAGCUCUGCUCCACCCUUCUCUCUGUCUCUUGUCUUACAACUAUCACCCUCCAGUGUCACCCCAAGGCUAUAUCUCCAACAUACUGCUAUGCCAUUAAGGUUUUAUUUAACUUUAUUUAAUAGAUAAUUGUGUCUGUGAAUAACAAAUGUGCCGCUGCCGGUCGCACAGUGUGUGGGAUAAGAGUGGCCCAGUGUUGCUUUCUGAAUGUCUUACAAUGCCUGUGGUCAAGACUGUGUUUGCCUUUGUGGCCUUUGGGUCUGGGAAGCAGCAGUGUGUUCACUUGUGUGGGUGUCUGUUGUGCUGCUACAGUUGUAACACUGGAGUUGGAGAAAAUAAAACAUUGAUUCUGAAA